AUGUAUCCAAUCGACCUACUAUCCCCAUCCCAUCUGUUUAGCAAUGUCCUCUCGGUGCUCAACUCUGUCCAGCUUCUUAGCAGGAAAGAGGCACCAGGUGCACAACCAACUCCUGCAGAUUUCGAAGUCAAUCUUCAAACGAACACAGGGUUUCUCCCUGAGAAACCCAUCCCACGGCUUCCCGAAGCUUAUAGCGCAUGGGAGAACGCGCUUACACGAGCUCAGGAAGUGCUCGUACUUGGGGAAAACCUAACAGAGCAAGAUACCGAGAGCCGAGCUGAUGGUGAACUUUGGAGAUCACAAGUGCGCGGGCUCCCUGUGAUCAGCAUCAAUGAUCUAAAAACAGACAAACAAUUGUUGCGUCGCGCUCACAAAGUGCUCGCCUUUCUUGUUCAUUUCUAUGUCCAUUCCAUACCGCCGGACCAGACGGCCGGUUCGGUACUUAUCCCCCGAUCUCUCGCGACUCCGUUGCUUGAAGUAUCAAAUAUCUUGCGAAUGGCGCCGGUGCUUACAUUCGCCGACACCGUCCUAUGGAACUGGGAUCUCGUAAACCCAGAGCUUCCUGUCACGAUAGAAAACAUGCAUUUUGGCGUUGAGCUCUUCUCAGGCACAGAGGACGAGCGGAAUUUUUGGUUCGGUAACGCAAAAGUUGAGAUGUUGGGUGUGGAGAUGCUCCACCUUUUCAACGAGUACCACAGCCUCCCCAAUGUUUCCGACUUCGCUUCCGUCUGCAAAAUCAAUCGGCUCUUGACCCGCCUCGUGACAAUCAUCAACCGGGUUGAAGAAACCUUGAUGGCCAUGCGCGAUCUUGUAGACCCCUCCACAUUCUACUGGCAAGUGCGGCCUUGGUUCAAUGGAAGUGCUAGCGGACCAUCUGACCCAACGUGGGUUUUUGAAGACGGUCCUGACGCUUCCACACUCGACCUCAGCGGACCAUCGGCUGGCCAAAGUAGCGUCAUGCAUGCACUUGACACCUUCCUAGAUGUCGACUUCAAACUCCAUCAGCGUCGGCAUCCAGCCCCCUCAGAAUCAAAUAAGCGAUCAGAUCUGGGUUUUAUGGAGAGAAUGCGACGAUAUAUGCCCGGGGCACACAGAGAUUAUCUCUCCCAUCUUGCGAACACCUCUCGUCCCCUACGAGAACUCGCAAAGAGCACACCUGCUGUGAAGGAGUCAUAUAAUGCAGCUGUGUCGGCAGUCAGAAAGUUCCGGGACUCGCAUAUACGCAUCGCAUGCCUAUAUGUCGUCUCUAUGGCACGAUCGACGGCGAUACCGGCCGGAUGCCCCGUAUUUGCGAUGAUGCAGAGGAUGGAGCGACAACGGAAGCAAACAGGACGCUCGACUGGUACAGGUGGCAAUGAAUUGUCGCUGUUGCUGAAGUCCAACCGUGAUGCUACAACACGCACUGCUAUAUGA